UCUAUAACAUAUGGCAGGUGAUUUUGGGUUUAGUUUAAGAAAUGAGCCUACUCAAAUACUUCUCCCAUAUAUUCAUAAUAAUCGUAAUGGCAUGCAUAUCUGCUAUGCUUAUAGUACAACGGAAGCAGUAUCCGCUUUGUUUGCGGUAGACUACAACUCAACUCCGGUUGAAUUGUCUACCCAACAAAUUGCUGACCAAAUGCCGAGAAGUUUUAACUAUGCACAGCAAGGUCGAAAAAGGAAUGCAACUCUUGGAUGUUACUUUGGCUCUCAUGUCGAUGCUCUCUAUUAUGCAAGGAACUUUGGGUUGUAUGAAGCCACGACUUAUCCCAAGAGAAACACUAGUUGGGACAUUAAUUUUCCUGACCCGCUCCCAAAUGAGGUAAAAUAUAAAAUUGGGGAGGUCGUUCGAGUGCGUACGGAGAAUAUUGCUGCAAAAUGGCAAAGAGUGGGUUUUGAGGACUUGGUGACCGAUGAGCAAAUUAAUCAAGUAUUGCGACAUCAACCUAUGGUUGGGGCAAUCAGAGUGCCAUGGAUUUCAAAGGAGAGGAAGUUUAUAUGGGAGUUGUUGAAGAUGAGGCUACUGUUGAAAACCCUACUGAUGUUGAAGAUGGGGCUGCUGUUCGGAUCCAUAGUGAAGCACAUUCAGUACUGAUAACAGGAUGGGGAAUUAAAAAUGGAGUUGAAUACUAUGAAGUUAAAAAUCAUUGGGGCGAUGAAUGGGGUGAUCAUGGCUAUGCUAAAGUGAGAAGAGACUUGGUAUAUAGAUUGGCUUAUCCCCGAGGUAUUGUCCAAUUGGGCAAUGUUGUUAAAAAAAAGAAAAAAUAAAAACAGAAAGCCCAGAGAUGUGUUUGUUUUAGACAGAACCAAAGUAUUUUUUUUUUCAACCUUAUUUCUAUGUUUUUGUUGUGGAUUGUCAACUUCAUUUAGAAGUUUAUCAACUGAUUUAGUAAUUCUUUAUCUCUUAUUUUGAGUUUGUGAUUUAUUUCUUAGUGUUUCUGUCUGAUUCUUGAAAUUAAGAUCAAUAUUGCGCGAAAUCUUAUGUUUGGCUUGCAAUUAUAGUGUUAGGUGUAUAUUUACACCACAAUAUACGAUAUUUUUUUAUAAAAUUAUUUUUUCCCUUUCUCUAAGUCGCGUAAUUUUGUAUUAUGUUCGUCAAGUGUUGUAUUUCUGUUCUUCCUAGUAUUAUGUUCAUACAGAAGCUGCUAAUUUGCUACCCUGUUGUAUUUAUGUUCAUAGAGAAGCUAAGUAGUGUGUUUAUUGUGUUAGUUUGCUAUUAUGUUGUAUUUUGUUCGUUUUUAAGUAC